AUGAGAAUCUUCUCCUUAAAGCGCUCUCCCUCCUCCGAUACAGUCCAAGCAAACCUUUCCCGAACCCUAAAGCCGCACGGCACGCCUGUAGUGGUCUUGGCGGUUGAUCGCACAAGCACACUGCUCGCGACCGGCGGAACUGAUGGCACGAUUAAAGUAUGGGAUAUUGCAGGCGGUUAUGUGACGCAUUCUUUCCGCGGCCCGUCUGUUUUGGUAUCCGCGUUACAAUUUUUCGAGGUCGCGGCCCGAUCCAAGGACGAUAAAAGCUCGCGAAAGCGCAAGAAAGGCGCACAGGCUGAGGAUGACUCUGACAACGAGGUUGAAGGCACUAGUAGCGCCAAUUUUAGGCUGGCUUCGGGUAGCCAGGACGGAAAAAUACGAAUUUGGGACUUGAAUAAGCGCGGAUGCAUUGCCAAUCUCGACUCCCACGUAUCUGAUGUCCAGAAAAUCGAUUACUCUCCUGAGCAGCAUGCCCUUGUUAGCGCAAGCAGGGACAAAACCCUUAUUUGGUGGGAUACGAAGUCAUGGAAGAUUCGAAAAAUCGUGCCUUGCCUUGAGCUUGUGGAGACGGCCGGGUUCCUUGACGAGGGUCGGCUGACCUUCUCAGCUGGCGCAAAUGGUUGCUUGCGCAUCUGGGAUACAGACAAUGGCAGGGAAGUUACCCCAGCUCAAUCAGAAAGAAGCGAGGAAGAGGGCAUUGUGGCCGGUAUCUAUCGUUCUGGCUUGCCUUUCAUUCUUUGCGUCCAAGUGGAUCAUACGCUUGCGUUCUACAAAUUACCUACCAAAGGAUCAGAAGGUUCUCUAGGCGUCCCGGAACCCUUCCGUCGCAUCUCAGGCACCCACGAUGAAAUCAUUGACCUUGGUUAUUUGCUUCCAGAUCGAUCCCUCAUGGCCCUUGCAACUAAUUCUGAGGAUAUUCGACUGAUAUCGGUAGCUCAAGCCACGACAGAGGGAGCUUCGGCGUCGUGGGACUCCGACGCGACUCCUUACUUCGGGCAAGACGUGGCGCUUCUCAGAGGGCACGAAGACAUUGUCAUCUCUUUGGAUAUCGACUGGUCGGGACACUGGAUUGCCACAGGCGCUAAAGACAACACGGCGCGAGUGUGGUGUGUAGACUCUGCCCGCAACUCAUACACCUGUUGGGCUACUUUCUCGGGUCAUGCUGAGUCUCUUGGGGCUGUUGCCCUCCCAAAGUCGGUCCCCGCUGAAGGUUCUGCUGCACGAACCCGUCCACUUGAUCAUCCACCAGCGUGUCUCAUCACUGGCUCCCAGGAUCAGACAGUCAAGAAAUGGGAGAUCCCCCGCCAACGCCAACAGCAAGGCUCGAAACCUAGAGCUGUCUUCACCAGAAAAGCUCACGAGAAAGACAUUAAUGCAAUCAAUGUCCACCACUCAGGUAGUCUCUUUGCCUCUGCAUCGCAAGACAAAACAGUCAAGAUCUGGUCAAUGGAGGAAGGUGAGGUCCAGGGCAUUCUUCGGGGUCACAAGAGAGGAGUUUGGUCAGUUCAAUUUUCUCCAGCUCAACUGCCUACUAUACAAGGAAAUGACGGCCCUGUGACAGGUAAGGGAGUCAUUCUCACUGGUAGUGGUGACAAGAGUGUCAAACUUUGGAGCUUAGCCGAUUACACAUGCAUCAGAACGUUUGAGGGACAUUCCAACAGUGUCCUCAAGGUUGCUUGGUUUGGUUUGCCGUCUCAACAGGAACAGUCAAGGAAACCAGUCCAGUUUGUUUCUGCUGCUGGUGACGGUCUUGUCAAGGUAUGGGAUGCCAACUCUGGCGAAGCGGAAUGUACUCUGGACAACCAUGAGGACAGAGUCUGGGCCGUAGCUGUUCAUCCUGAAACCAACACUAUCGCAUCUGGUAGCGGUGACUCCACAGUGACAUUUUGGAAGGACACGACGGUUGAAACCCAGGCUGUGGCCUCGCAAGCCGCGCUGAAGAUGAUUGAGCAGGAGCAAGAAUUGGAGAACCACAUUUUUGCUGGCUCAUACAGAGAGGCUAUCACUUUGGCACUUCAACUCAACCAUCCCGGUCGUCUCUUGAACUUGUUCACGUCGGUCGUUACCAACAGCAACCCAGAUGAAGGCAGCUUUUGUGGGCUGAAGGCUGUUGACGAGGUUUUGGGCAGCUUGUCCGAUGAGCAGAUUUUCCUUCUGCUUCUUAGACUGCGAGACUGGAAUACAAAUGCCCGCACUGCACAAGUUGCCCAGCGCAUUCUCUGGACGUUGGUGAGAAGCUACCCGGCCUCUAAAUUCUCAGACUUAUCGGUCAAGGGAGCACGUGGACAGAAGAGUCUGAGCGAUGUCCUCCAAGGGCUGCGGGUAUACACGGAGCGCCAUUACAGGCGUAUGGAAGAGUUGGUAGAUGAGAGCUAUUUGGUGGAAUAUACCCUGCAGGAGAUGGACGGCCUGGUACCAAUGGAAGACAGCAAUGCCAGUCUAAAGGAACUAGACAACGGACAAGGUGAUGCGGUCAUGGUUGAAUAG